UUUGUGCCCAGCGAGUAUUUCAACGGGUACCGACUGAAACAUGUUUGAGAACGAGUGUCAUGUCUUUUACAAUGCACUUCGCAGUAUUUAUGUUGUGACAGAAAGGAAGAAGUUGUGUACUAGUGUUGUUCUGUUGUAAUCCGCGGAGGAAUAGUUAGGGAUAUUUAAAGUGGAGAAGAUGGGAAGUAUAGGGACCAACAUAACGCGAACCGCGGGGAAAGGGAAAAGUAAAGCAGCAUUGCGUGCAGGACUACCGAGAAAUGUUAGGAGUAUGAGCAAGGAGGUCCUUGAAGCAACGUUGCAGAAAAAGAGAGAAUGUAAUGCAAAAGCCCAAAAAAUAGUUGAGAGUUUACUGGAGAAAGAUAUCAAUGAAGAAUGGUUCGUCGGCUGUUUGAAAUUUAUUAGUGAUACCCACUUUCAAGAUGUAGUUGAAGAAAGGGCAAUCACUAAACUUUGCGGAUACCCUUUGUGUAAUGGUAUUUUGAAGAACAUUCCAAAUCAACAGUAUAAGAUAUGCACAACACAGAAUAAAGUUUAUGACUUAACGGAAAGAAAGAACUUCUGCAGUAAUCAUUGUUACAAGGCAGCAAAAUAUCUAAAGGAUCAGCUUCUGACAAGUCCACUUUGGCUGCGUGACAAAGAAGAAAUUCCACCGUUCAAGCUGUUGUCAAUGAGUAAAUCAAGUGGCAUGGUUGGAGAUGAGGUACACUUUCAACAAGAAAGUCUUGUGGAUGAAAUAACACAAUUGAAAGAUGACAACUCCAAAAAUUUAAGUGCUAUAUUAACAGAAUCUGAAAUAAAUGCAGGAUUACAAAACACUGCAAAUGAACAUGUAUGUGUAAUGAAGGCAGAAUUUAAUGAAAUUCUCUCUGAAAGUAGUAAAAAUCUCAAUUUACCUUCAGAAAGCAAUGGAAAUGUAUCUAAGGCAAGCGUAAAUGCGAAUGAGUAUGCUAGAGUUAAUGAAAUUAAAGAGGAGGAUAUAUUGGAACAGUCUGAAAAAGUAACACUGACAAAAAAUGAGUGUAGUGGUGUUGAAAUUCAAAGUGGUUUGGAUUAUCAUAGCCUCGGUGCCAAAUUGGAAAGUUUGAAGGAGAAAAAAACAGCUUCAGAAGAUAGUAAAGACGCUGUAAAGAAGAAAAACACAAAUAUUCGGAAAAAAGAGAAAAAGGAAAGUUUAGAUAAACAUUCAGCAACCAAAGUACAUAUUAAUAAACAAGAAGAAGCUCCUUUAACAACACUGCUAGUUGAGAAGUGUGUACGAGAAUGGUUUACACUUGACUCAAUGUACUUUCUUUUUGGUGAGGAGAGAAUGAAGGAAAUGGUUGCAGACAAGGAUAUAACUCAUUACUUCAAACCUACUGAGAGUGAUUCUUGGGAUCCAGGUAUGCGAGAGCGUUACAUUGCUAUAUGCAAGAAACUCAAUUUAUUGGAACUGGAAGAUAUUAAUUAUGACAAUAAAAUUACCAAGGAGAAUAAGGAGCUGAGACCACUACCAGAGUAUUCCAGUAUUAAGGAAGAGGGACUGAAAAUGCAGUUGAAGGUUAGGGCAUUUUUUGCUGGAAAAACUGCCUACGAGGACUCUUCAGUUGAAGAUAGCUCACAAGAAAAUGAGUCCAGUGGAAAUUUUAUCCCACUGGUUGAUCUGCAUUCAAAGAAUGCUCUUCGCAGGAGAAUAGUGUUGGACCGCUUCAAUAGAAUCUUACCCGACCUGUUAUCAACAUUUGGAAUAUCAUCCCGUGACAUAAGUGAUGACCUACGUAGCCUUGUAUUCAGCUUUUGCCUGUCGGCUCACAACAUAACUUUCAAGCCAACAGAAUGGAACUUGUUGGGUCUAAUUGUGUUAAAAAUGCUGUCACUCAGGGACAAGCGGAUCAAGGCUGUGUUAGAAACUGAACAGUCAAAGAAGUACAUGACUAUGAUGCUGAUGGUUUUCCAAGAAGAUGCUGGAUAUCUGGAGAGACUUGUGGCCUGGUUGAUGGAUAUUGACUAUCUUUUACAACAGCAUAGUGGCAGAACAGGGAGUUGAAAUUGUUGGAAUACAACUGGUAUGACCUGACGAGAGAAGAAAUAUUGUUGCAUGGGAAAGUAUCGUACAAAUUAACCUCUGCUUUUGAGCAGAUACAACAGUUAUUUUUCGCAGUGCAGAGGGACAGAUUCACACCGCAAUAAGGCACGUAUUAAUUUUACAAACAUCAUUGCAAGAAGGCUUAAAAGAGAGGAAAGAUUAGAAAGGCUGUAACAUGCGCAAUGAGAGAGGAUGGACCUUGAAAGGCAGUUGAAUAUGAAAAAAUAAUGUUCUUGAGAGUGAUAUCAGUUUGUCAAUGAGGUCUGCAACAAGAAAAGGUUGCAGAUGACUUAGAGUAUGGAAAUGACAUGUGGAAAAUAUCAUUUUCAAGAUUAAUAUAUUAUGGAUCAGCUAGAAGGUAAGGUUUUUCAUAACUCUUUAAAUCUGAAGUAUUUUCAUCCACCAAAAAAGGAUCACGUAUUAAAUGCAAAAAGACCCAUCAACAAUAAUGUGACAUAUGUAAGCAACACUUAUGCCAAAAUACUACAAAACUUGCUAUAGAAAUAAUUUUAUGAAGAUAUCGAUCUCAAAACUUGAAGCUUGGAAUAUUAUCUUAAAAUGCAUAAAUUGAUCUUGGAACUGAGCUAAGAAUCUAUGAAAUGUACAUGUUGUUGAGAGGGAGAGGGGUUGUUGAGAGAGAGAGAGGGGGGGGGGGGG